AUGGCUCCCAACUCAGACCUCCCCAAGAGCUUCGGGCUCCUCGUCUACCCCGGCUUCGAAGCCCUCGAUGCUUUUGGCCCCAUGGAGGUGGUCAAUACCUUGUCCUGCACCCACGACAUGACUCUGGCCGUUAUUGCGGCGACGCGUGACCCGGUGUCGACGCAAAGCAAGGGCGUGCACGCCGUGGGACAGAGUGUGGUCCCCACGCACACCUUUGCCGAUGCCCCGCCUCUUGACGUGCUCUUCAUCCCUGGCGGCUGGGGCGGCUUCAAUACCGGCCCUGAGACGCUCGAGUUCCUCCGCCGCGUCGUCCCAAAGACCGGCCACCUCAUCACCGUCUGCAACGGCUCGGCGGUCGCGGCCCAGGCGGGCCUCCUGGACGGCAAGCGCGCCACGACCAACAAGGCCUUCUGGAAGGAUUGUGUGGCCUACGGCCCCAAGACGGAGUGGGUCGCGCAGGCCCGGUGGGUGCAGGACGGGAACAUCUGGACCUCGUCGGGGGUCAGCGCCGGCAUCGAUGCGGCCCUGGCCUGGGUGGGGUCAAUAUUUGGAGAAGAAAAGGCGACGGACAUUGCGAACAACAUGGAGUUUGUCCGCACUACCUCUUCGACCAGUGACCCCUUUUCAUCCAUGUUCAAGUGUGAAGAUGUCCCUAGACAGUCCUAG